CAAAUUAAUCUCUGACGGACCGUCUGCACCUUUACAUCCAGCAAGGUCGGUCAAAAAUGGUGAAAAGAAAGAGCUUGGAUGACAGUGACCAGGAAAACUGCCGGGGGAUCCCAUUUCCGAUCCAAACCUUUCUAUGGAGACAGACCAGCGCGUUUUUGCGGCCAAAGUUAGGGAAGCAGUAUGAAGCCUCCUGUGUGUCAUUUGAGCGGGUGCUGGUGGAGAAUAAACUCCACGGGCUCUCUCCAGCUCUCACUGAGGCCAUCCAGAGCAUCUCUCGCUGGGAACUGGUCCAGGCUGCGCUGCCUCAUGUUCUCCACUGCACUGCCAUCCUUCUUUCAAACCGCAACAAGCUGGGGCACCAGGAUAAACUUGGUGUAGCUGAGACUAAACUCCUUCACACUCUUCAUUGGAUGCUUCUGGAAGCAGCCCAGGAGUGCCACCAGGAGCCUGGCCUGGGACAUGGCUGGUCAGGGGGCAGCAGUGGUAGCAGUAGUGCCUACCUUCAGCCAAUAGGGAAUCAGGGUCUCACAGACCGCAACGGCAGUACCACUGAAGAGAACGAGUAUGCCCGUGCCAAAUUGUACCACAAGAACAUGGCCACUGUGGAGCUCUUUGUGUUUCUCUUUGCUCCCCUCAUUAACCGGAUCAAGGAGUCAGACCUCACUUUCCGACUAGCUGGUGGACUUGUUAUUUGGCAGCCAAUGUGGGAGCACCGUCAACCUGAUGUUCCUGCCUUUUCUGCCCUCAUCAAGCCCAUGCGCAACAUCAUUACAGCAAAGAGGAAUUCUCCAGUGAAUAACCAGUGUAGUCCUCGUGAUAUCAGCAACCCUUGCCCUGCAGUGGUAUGCGAAUCAGCUCUGCUCGGCUCUUCCUCCCCCUCAGUGACAGGACAGAGCUGUCGUCGUGGCAACUCUGUAGACAAGGGAGGGUCCUCACAGCAGGCCUUUGAGAAAGGAUUUUCACAGCAGAAGAAGUUCUCAGUCCCUGGUGAUAUGUCUGUAUCACAGCGAGCAAGGUAUGGCACCUACUUUGAUGUUGCAGUGCUCCGUUGCUUGAUGCAGCCUCACUGGACAGAAGAUGGUGUCCACUGGGCCCUUAUAUUCUAUCUGCAGCGACUGCGUCAGAUACUGCAGGAGAAACCCGAACGCUCCCCCCAGCUCCUGAUACCCCCCCUACCACGACCUCGCAGUAGCUCCAUGGUGGCUGCUACCCCUUCUUUGGUCAAUACUCACAAAACACAGGACAUGACUCUGAAAUGUAAUGAGGAGGGCAGAUCUUUGAGUUCUGAGACCUUCUCCAAGGUGUCAGUUACCAACCUCAGGAGGCAAGCAGUCCCUGACCUCUCAACUGAGAUGGGCAUGAACAUAUUCAAAAAGUUUAAGAAUCGUAGAGAAGAUCGGGAGAGAAAAGGCUCUAUCCCAUUCCACCAUACUGGGAAGAAACGUCAGCGACGAAUGGGCAUACCAUUCCUGAUGCAUGAAGACCACCUAGACGUCUCACCCACACGUAGCACCUUCUCCUUUGGAAGCUUCUCUGGACUGGGAGAUGACCGCCGUGCUCUGGACCGCGGAGGCUGGCCUUCCACCAUCAUGGGAAAGUUAACACGCCGUGGAAGCUCAGAUACUACAGGAGAUGUGGACAGUCUUGGAGCGAAACAUUUUCAUUCCCAUCACAACUUGCCUGAACACUCCAACAGCCACAGUGACAAUACCAUCAAAGAGGGUGUUCAUUCCCAGAUCUCUACUAUCACCAUGGCUACAUUUAACACCACUGUGGCUUCCUUUAAUGUGGGCUACACUGAUUUCUUCACGGAGCACAUUAAGAAACUGUGUAACCCCAUUCCCAUCCCUGAGUUGCAAUGUGAACCACUGGCCUGCUCCAACCUUCCGCGAAGUCUGACAGACUCUUGCAUCAACUACUCAUCCCUAGAGGACCGAGACACCAUCGAGGGCACUAACAACUUCAUUUUGAAGAAUGGCAUGCUGGACCUCACGGCUGUUCUACGUGCCCUGUAUUCCGUGCUCACACAUGACAUCAGUUCUCGGAUUUGCGACGUGGCGCUCAACAUAAUCGAAUGCCUCCUGCAGCUGGGCGUGGUUCCCAGUAUGAUUAAGAAAACCUCCAAACCUGAAGACAAGGAGGCAGAGCGUCAAAAAGAGGGAGCAAGUCAAAGUGUUGGGGGAGCUCAGGGGGAGGCGACUGGAGGUACAGGUGCACCUAAUGGAGGUGAUGAAGGUGGGGAAGGGGAGAGUCAUGGUGGAAGCAGAGAUGAUAUAAAGAACAGCAAAGACAAAAAGGAGGGAGACACUACUCCCAGCACUCACAGGCUAGCUCUCACCAUGCUUAUUAAAAUUGUAAAAUCACUUGGCUGUGCAUAUGGUUGUGGUGAAGGCCAUCGUGGAAUCUCUGGAGACCGUCUGCGACUACAGGCUCAGAACUGUUUGACCACUCUGUACAAGUUGGAUAAAUUGCAGUUCCGGCAGACCAUGAAAGAAUAUGUUAAUAAGGACUCACUCAACAACAUUGUGGAUUUCCUGCAUGCUCUUCUUGGCUUCUGCAUGGAGCCAAUCACUGACAACAAGGCUGGCUUUGGAAACAACUUUACCACAGGCGGGGAUAAGUCUCUGGCCCAGAGCAUGGAGACAGUGGUGGUAGGCUGCAUGUUCAAGUCACUCAUCACCAGAUGUGCCUCCACUACACACGAGCUUCACAGCUCUGAGAACCUGGGUCUGUAUUGUGACAUACGUCAGCUGGUUCAGUUCAUUAAGGAGUCUCAUGGAAAUGUUUUUCGACGUGUGGCUCUCAGUGCCCUUCUGGACAGCGCUGAAAAACUCAAUACCACCAAAAAACCAGAAGAAAAGGAGGAGGCCAAGCCAGCUACAGCAAAAAACGAGGAACAGAUCCCUGGAGCUCUGUUAGGAAGGAAAGAUUUUUGGAGGAAGAUGUUCAAGUCUCAGAGUGCUGCCAGUGAUACCAGCAGCCAAUCAGAGCAAGACACAUCAGAGUGCACCACCGCCCACUCCGGGACCACCACAGACCGACGUUCACGCUCUCGCUCCCGACGGAUCUCACUCCGCAAGAAGCUCAAACUGCCCAUAGGUAACUGGCUUAAACGAUCCUCUCUAUCUGGCCUAGCUGAUGGGGUUGAGGAUCUGCUGGACAUCAGCUCAGUGGACAGACUGUCCUUUAUCAGACAAAGCUCCAAGGUCAAGUUCACUAGUGCAGUAAAGCUGUCGGAGGGUAGCGCCAUUGAGUAUGGGCGAGAGGAAGAGGAGAAUUUCUUCAAGCGUCUCGGUAAAUGGAGGUCUGGUCGGAGGAACCCAUCCAAGCUUCACCACACAGAAGAGAAAGAUGGUUGCCAUGGAUUCCAGGAGCGCUUGGCUGCCAGUCAGGAGGCCAUGAAGAAUAAGAACAUAGUGAAUCUAGGUGCAAUCAGACAGGGCAUGAAGAGGUUUCAGUUCCUGUUGAACUGCUGUGAGCCAGGAACCAUACCAGAUGCUUCGAUUUUAGCUGCAGCACUUGACCUGGAAGCCCCUGUGGUGGCAAGGGCCUCGCUUUUCCUGGAGUGUGCCCGUUUCGUGCAUCGAUGUAACCGUGGGAACUGGCCAGAAUGGAUGAAGGGUCACCAUGUUAACAUUACUAAGAGAGGGUUGUCCAGAGGCCGAUCACCUGUAGCAGGAAACAAAAGGAACACCAAACUCCAGUGGAAUGCAGCCAAACACUUUUACCAGUGGGGAGACGCAAUAGGCACUCGUCUGAGUGAAAUUUGCCACUCAGACAGUGAGAGUCCAGCCAACAUCUUGGGUUUUAUCUAUGAUGAAGAGAGCAAGAGACGAGUGAGAAAGGAAGAUGAGGAUGAAGAUUAUCUGGAUGACAACACAGUCAACCCUACAAAGUGCAGCUGUCCCUUCGCUCUUAAGAUGUCGGCUUGUCAGCUGCUUUUGGAGAUCACCACUUUCCUGCGAGAGACCUUUCCCUGUCUCCCCAGACCUCGAACAGAGCCCCUAGUGGAUUUAGAGAGCUGCCGUUUGCGUCUGGACCCUGAGCUAGGUCGUCACCGCUAUGAAAGGAAGAUCAGUUUUGCAGGAAUCCUGGAUGAUGAAGAUGGACAUGAUUCUCUGAACAGCAGCAGUCACACACUCAAGUCUGACACUGGCUGUGAGGAGAAGAAAUCAUCACAAGAGCCUCUGGCUCCAAUUAGGAGGAUCCGUAUUGGUGGCUCUCGGCUGCUACAGAUUAAAGGAGCAAGGAGUUUCCGCGUAAAGAAAGGAGGCUCUUUGUCAUCUAUCCGCCGUGCCGGGAGUCUGAAAAGCACUAAGAUGUCUAGACAAGACUCUGAAUCUGAGAAUGAUGCAGAGUCAGAACGGCUGCUCUCUCACAGUAGAGACACUGUCACCGAUAUAGGGAGCCCUUGGAGUGCUAGCGAGCCAAGUAUUGAACCUGAGGGUCCUGGUAGCACAGGGGGUGUGGAGGACAACUAUCACCGCAAUAUGUCAUGGCUGCAUAUCAUGAUUCUGCUGUGCAACCAGCAGAGUUUCAUCUGCACUCAUGUGGAUUUCUGCCACCCUCGCUGCUACCAGCACCACAGCCGUUCCUGUGCUCGGCUCGUCCGUGCCAUCAAACUUCUGUACGGAGAGACAGUGGACAGCCUGAAAGAGAGCAGUGCGACCAGCAAUAUCAGCGGCCGUGCCAAGAAGAGCAAAGAGUGUUCAGACAAAUCUUGCCUGCGUACCCCAUCCAUGAAAAGACGCCCUGCUGACAGCAGCACUGAGGGGAAAAAAGAUACUGGCAUGCUGAAGUACAUCCGCAACCAGGUGAUGAGCCUGUCCCCAGCCCCUCUCUCCUUGCUCAUAAAAGCGGCUCCUAUCCUGACGGAGGACAUGUAUGGAGACAUCCUGCCUGCGGCCUGGGAGCUCCUGCUGAGUGUAGAUGAGCAUAUGGCUGCAGCUGCAGCCGCCAUGUUCCUGCUGUGUGCGGUGAAGGUACCGGAUGGAGUAACAGAGAUGAUGAUGGCCGAGUUUCAGCACCAGGAAGCAGGCCAGAGGAUCAACUCCGUUCUGAAAUUCUAUACUGUAUGGAGGUUCCGGUACCAGGUGUGGCCUCGCAUGGAGGAGGGUGCUCAGCAGAUCUUCAAGAUUCCUCCACCUAGCAUUAACUUCACACUGCCCUCUCCUAUCCUGGGAAUGCCUUGUGUGCCCAUAUUUGACCCUCCAUGGGUACCUGUUAAUGCUGGCAGUGUUCCUGAUGCAAUCAGUGAAGAUCAGUCUAAAUCAUUUUCGGCACGUGCAGUGUCUCGCUCUCACCAACGGGCAGAGCACAUCCUGAAAAACAUGCAGCAGGAGGAAGAGAAGAGGAGGCUCGGCCGUGAGGCCAGCAUCAUCACCGCCAUCCCUAUCGCUCAGGAGGCUUGUUAUGAAGCCACAUGUAGCCCCCCGCCCGAGCAGGAGGAAGAGGAAGAUGUGAUGAACCUGACAUCUCGUCGUCUGUCCGUCAGCCCCUCCUGUGCCUCCAGUAACUCCCACAGAAACUACUCCUUCCGCAGAGGCUCUGUGUGGUCAAUGCGGUCUGCGCUCAGUGCUGAAGAUGAUGAGAACACAACAGAACUCACACCAACACAUCACAUGCUGCAGCCACCCCAGGCCGUUUUCCCACCAUGCAUCUGUGCUGCCGUGUUACCAAUUGUGCACCUGAUGGAAGAUGGAGAUGUUCGGGAGGAUGGGGUUGCAGUAUGUGCUGUUGCUCAGCAAGUCCUGUGGAACUGCCUGAUUGAAGAUCCAGCACUGGUUCUUAGGCACUUCCUGGAGAAACUCACAGUCAGUAACAGACAGGAUGAGCUGAUGUACAUGCUGAGGAAACUGCUUCUUAACAUUGGGGAUUUGCCUGCACAGACCUCACACAUUCUUUUUAACUAUCUGGUGGGCUUGAUCAUGUACUUCGUAAGGACUCCUUGUGAGUGGGGCAUGGAUGCCAUAUCAGCCACACUGACCUUCCUAUGGGAGGUGGUGGGUUAUGUGGAGGGACUCUUUUUCAAAGACCUUAAACAGACUAUGAAGAAAGAACAGUGUGAGGUCAAGCUCUUGGUUACUGCCUCCAUGCCAGGAACCAAAACCCUGGUGGUUCAUGGACAGAAUGAAUGUGAUAUUCCUACCCAGUUACCAGUGCAUGAAGACACCCAGUUUGAAGCCCUUUUGAAGGAGUGUCUUGAAUUCUUCAAUAUACCAGAAGCUCGGUCUGCUAACUACUUUCUAAUGGAUAAACGUUGGAACCUUAUCCACUAUGCCAAGACCUAUGUGCGUGACAUCUACCCUUUCAGAAGAUCAGUGUCUCCUCAGCUCAACCUUGUUCACAUGCUUCCAGAAAAGGGACAGGAGCUCAUUCAGAAACAGGUGUUUUCUAGAAAGCUGGAAGAGAUCGGCCGAGUCCUUUUUAUCAUCUCACUCACCCAGCGUAUGCCUGCCAUGCACAAACAAUCCCAUGUCUCCAUGCUUCAGGAAGACCUUCUACGACUGCCAUCAUUUCCUCGCACUGCCAUCGAUGCAGAGUUCACCCUAUUCAACGAGCCUUUAGGCAAAGAGCUCUUUGGUUUGGACACAUUACAUAAGGUUCUGUGGAUUAAACUGCUGGAGGAGAUGUUUCUGGGCAUGCCCAGUGAAUAUCCCUGGGGUGAUGAGAUUAUGCUAUUUCUGAAUGUGUUUAAUGGUGCCCUGCUUCUACACCCUGAGGACAGUGCCCUCCUCAGGCAGUACAGUGCCACUGCCAUCAACACAGCUGUACACUUUAACCACCUCUUCUCACUCAGCGGCUAUCAGUGGAUCCUUCCAACCAUGCUGCAGACUUAUGCAGAUUAUGAGAGUAACCCAUUGCUGCGUCAAGGGAUUGAGUUUUGCUGCAGGCAGUUCUAUAUUCUCCACCGUAAACCGUUCAUCUUGCAGCUCUUCGCUAGUGUGGCCCCACUGCUGGAAUUCACUACACGCACUAGUACUGGUCUAUCGAAAGGCGUGUCUUCACAGUGCCUUUUUGACCUCCUGGUUUCUUUGGAGGGAGAGACUGCAGAUAACCUAGAUGCUCUGGAGCUGGUGAAGGCUGAGAAACCUCUCCGUUCUCUAGAUUUUUGCUAUGGUAAUGAGGAUCUGGCCUUCUCAAUCAGUGAGGCCAUUAAGUUGGGUGUCACCGUGGUUGCUUAUGCCCCAGAAUCCUACCGCAGUCUACAGAUGCUGAUGGUUCUGGAGGCUUUGGUUCCUUGUUAUCUGCAGAAGUUGAAGGGUAACACACAGACUCUGGAGUCAGCAUCUGCAGCGAGGGAUGAGAUUGCUGCUAUAGCUGCUCUGGCUACCUCUCUUCAGGCUCUGCUUUACAGUGUGGAGGCACUGACACGACCUAUGACUGCACCUCAGAUGAGUCGAUGUGAUCAAGGCCACAAGGGAGCAACCACAGCUAACCAUGCCAUGUCUGGAGGACCAAACACCAGGGAUAAUCUACACCUGCUGGAGGAGGGUCAGGGUAUAUUGAGGGAGGAACUGGACGAGCGGAUCGCCCGUGAAGAGUUUCGUCGGCCCCGUGAGUCUCUUCUUAACAUCUGCACAGAGUUCUACAAGCACUGCGGCCCGCGUCUCAAAAUCCUGCAGAAUGUGGCAGGAGAGCCCAGAGUCACUGCUCUAGAACUGCUGGAUAUAAAGUCUCAUAUGAGACUAGCAGAAAUUGCCCACUCCCUUCUAAAACUGGCCCCUUACGACACAAUGACCAUGGAGAGCAGAGGGUUGCGCCGCUACAUCACAGAGAUGCUACCCAUCACCGAUUGGUCAGCAGAGGCGGUUCGUCCUGCCCUCAUCCUUAUUCUGAAGAGGCUGGAUCGCAUGUUUAACAAGAUUCAUAAGAUGCCCACACUCAGGCGACAGGUGGAGUGGGAGGCUGCUAGCAGUCUGAUUGAAGGGAUUUGUUUGACACUCCAUCGGCAGCCCAUUAUCUCCUUCCUGCCACACCUGCGAUCUCUUAUCAACGUCUGUGUCAACCUGGUGAUGGGCGUGGUGGGACCCUCUAGUGUAGCAGAUGGACUGCCCUUGUUGCAUCUGAGUCCUUACCUGUCCCCUCCUCUUCCCUUCAGUACAGCAGUUGUGCGUUUGGUUGCCAUGCAGAUCCAGGCUUUAAAGGAUGACUUCCCACUCAGUCAUGUGAUCUCCCCCUUCACCAAUCAGGAGAGACGAGAGGGGAUGCUGCUUAACCUUUUGAUUCCGUUUGUAUUGACUGUGGGCUCAGGGAGUAAAGACAGUCCUCAUCUGGAGCAGCCGGAGAUAUUCCUACUUUUGCAGACGGUCCUCAACAUCCUGUUACCUCCACGCAUCAUCAGCACCUCCCGCAGUAAGAACUUUGUGCUGGACGCCUCUCCUGCACACUGCUCCACUCCAGGAGACACUGGGAAAGACCUGCGUCGAGAGGGACUCGCUGAAUCCACCAGCCAGGCUGCUUACCUUGCUUUAAAGGUGGUCUUAGUGUGCUUUGAGCGACAGUUAGGUAAUCAGUGGUACAAGCUGAGUCUGCAGGUCAAGGAAAUGGCCCUGAGGAAAGUUGGCGGUCUGGCUUUCUGGGAUUUCAUCGACUUCAUUGUGCGCACACGAAUACCAAUCUUCAUUCUUCUGCGUCCCUUCAUACAGUGCAAGCUGCUGACCCAGCCAGCUGAGUCUCAGGAGGAGAUCACGGCCCGUCACCACAUCGCAGAGCAACUGGAGCGUCGUUUCAUCCCACGUUCCCUCUGCAAGAGCUCUCUGUUCGCCGAGUUCAACAAUGAGCUCAAGAUCCUGAAAGAGGCUGUGCACAGCGGCGCUGCAUACCAGGGAAAGACUUCCAUUAGUACUGUUGGCACAUCAACCUCUGCAUACAGGUUGAGUCUGGCCACCAUGUCCCGCUCAAAUACUGGUACAGGAACUGUCUGGGAGCAGGAGAGCCAACCCUCACGCCAGCCCUCGCAGGACACACUCAGCCGCACUGAUGAGGAGGAGGAGGAAAACGACUCCAUAAGCAUUCCCAGUGUGGUAAGUGAGCACGAGGCUUUCCUCCCCAGACUCAUUUCCCAGCGGCGCUUCUCCAGUCACGCCACGGGUUCAGCCGCCACUCGGCCUGAGCCAAGCAUAAGCACCAUGCUGCCCAGUCACAGUGAACCCAAUGUGCUAGAUGAAUCCCAGGGGCUUCUGGAGGAGGGUAACCUUUCUAGGGUUGCCAGUGUGCAGAGUGAACCAGGGCAGCAGAAUCUGCUAAUCCAACCACCUCUCGGUCGUAAGAGAGGGCUUAGGCAGCUACGGCGACCUCUGCUAUCCAUACAGAGGGUGCAGGAUGAGUCUCGUGGACGUCAAGGAGCCAGACUCUCAACAACCCGCAGAAGCAUUCAGCCAAAGAAUAAGCCACUCGACAGGGCACAUGGUGACCAAAAGAGGUCUGUCACUUUCACUGAGACCCAGCAGGAAGCGGCUGGCAGAUCUCCCUCUGCCACUCCCAGCCCCGGCCUGCCAGGGACCACAGAGAGCGGGAGGCUAAGCUAUAUGGCAGGAGGUCACUCUCCCUCCAUCCCAUCAGAGUCCUCAUCACCCAGUAUCAAAACUGCCCAGCACAGCCCAGCACGGCCACAGGUCCCUCAGUUUGAGAAUAAAGAGAGGAAAGAUCAGGGGAGUGUAAGAAGCAGUCUAUCUCCCACCCCCUCGGCCACCUCUGGCUCCACUUCUAGAGUCUGCUCCCCUCUUCCUCCUCCCCUCCCUGUCUUGAGCACUCCUUCCCGGCUGACCCCAACCCAGAUCAGAGAAAGUCCGGAGGAUGAGGAGACCUCUGGGCUUCUGCAGAACACUGAGCUCUCCGUUAGUAUAGGAGAGGACGGUGGAAUGGAGAACCCACUCCUGACUUCACUACUCAAACCCCAUGCACUCUCCCCACUCCCCCUCUCCCCUGUUGACCUGGACCUGGAUGAGUCUCACGUCUGAGAAUGUUCAGCUGCAGGAUUAAAGUGUACAAUACUUUACUAAUGUAAUAGAAAGUUGAGAAGCAAAUACCAGGGCUUAGAUACUGUGCUUAGUUUUCAGCUUACAUUCUAAAUUUUGUUUCUCUGGUCAAAGGGAAAGCAUAAAACCAUACAAAGCUGUCAUGGGACACCCUUUGCAAUUACUAUAAGUAUUUAUUAAGCACUGUGCGUAAUAUUAUCCAACAAUGAAAGCAGAGUAAUGUGCAUUUCUGUGUUGCACCGUUUAGUCUUUUGUUAGAUAUCAUUUUGAAUCUAAACCUUAUAAAGAGAUCAUCAAAGUAUUCUGUGUCAAAAUCAUAUAAACAACAAAAACUGAAUAUUUAAUUACAUAGAUGUAUUCUUAAUAUUUGUCAUCUAUCAUAGUAUUUAUUUAGAGGAAUAUAUAUUAAUUAGAUAUAUAGAAUAAAUAUUAGAAAUGCUUUAUUUUAGGAAAAUAUAGAUGCUUGUAUAAUAUUAAAGCCAAAUAUUAUAUUUGUGCCAAAUUGUGUGUGCUAUUACAAAUAUAAGUAAUCUCACAGCAAUUUAUGGAUUAACUUAGAGUUGGAAAAUUGUUCUUGAGCAGAUGCUUUUCUAUUGGGGAUCUAGAUUAUUAUAUUAAUUAAAGGUGCUGUAAGUGAAUUUUUUUUAUGAAAUGACACGCAGAAAACAUCCCUAUUACCUGUCAGAUGUAACAGCCCCUAUGCUCUGUAAACAGCUGGGAAAACGGUCAGGUUCGUUGUUUAGCCAAUCAAAAGACUUUGAUGCACUUUCUGCCUGUCAGUCAUUCUGACCAUUCAUAGGGCAACCUAUACACUUAGCACUUUAUUAGGAACACCUUUACACCUACAUAUUCAUGGCAUUAUCUAAUCAGCCAAUUUGUGUCAGCUGUGCAGUGCUUAAAACCAUGCAGAUAUGGGUCAGGAGCUUUUAUUAACAUUCACAUCAACCAUCAGAAUGGGGAAAAAUGUGAUCUAAGUGAUUUCGACCGUGGCAUGAUUGUUGGUGCCAGACGGGCUGGUUUGAGUAUUUCUGUAACUGCUGAUCUCCUGGGAUUUUCACGCACAACAGUCUGUAGAGUUUACUCCGAAUGGUGCAUAAAACAAAAAACAUCCAGUGAGCAGCAGUUCCUUUUUGAUGAGAGGUCAACAGAGAAUGGCCAGACUAGUUCGAGCUGACAAAAAGGCUACGGUAACUCAGAUAAUCCCUCUGUACAAUUGUAGUGAGCAGAAUAGCAUCUCAGAAUGCACAACACUAUGAACCUUGAGGCGGAUGGGCUACAACAGCAGAAGACCAUGUCGGUCACUUUAUUAGUACCAUAGUGUUCCUAAUUAAGUGCUCAGUGAGUGUAUAUCCACAGUUUUCCUGACUAACCACUGGGUAGUGCCACGCUGGACUGUCUCCAUAAGAAGUCAUGAAAGAAUAACCAAUACGAGCGUUCUAGAUGGAGAACAACAACCAUUUUAAGAGUUAGUUGGAGUACAAAUUAGUUCAGGCUCAACUUUUGCAGUUGUUGGCUGUCAUAACAACUCAAAGUAGACUCACCUCAGGUGAGGCACUGUCAAAAAAUGGUCAUCGCAACUCUCUAAAAUAUCGGCACUAUAGAGCCAGUUUUUCCGAAUUGAAUACGCUAAACAACACAUUAUCCGCUUAGAACAGUGGUUCUCAACCUUUUUUUGAUAAACGCCUGCCAACUUCGUAUCCAUCUACAGAGCCAUACAGGUGCAUUAGCCGAGGUUGUGCCUCCGAAUGUGUAUUUGACGCUGGUGAACCAGACACUUCAGAUGCGUCGCUAGACUUUAAAAUCAGAUGAACCGUGGUACAAAUGAGUACCAACCCAUAUAACUGAAAAUCAGCUGAUAUACUCAAAGUCUAGAUAAACGUUUUAACGCUAAGAAGAACUUGUCGAUAGAUUUGAUCAUUAUGACUGAUAAACACCCCCCCCCCCAUUUGUAACCUAACGUCCCCCUCUCUACUAAUUUGCUCUUAGCGCCCCCUGGCAUCCUUUGAACACCAGGGGUUCCACCCCCCGUUGAGAACCCCUGAAUAUAUGCCGAUGCGAGUGAAAACACUGGAGACCAGAAGACAAAAACAGGCUUUCGUUACGAAUCAUGCAACACUGCCGCAUUUAGGAAAAAGGUGGAUUGAUAGCGGGAAGCUGAGAGUGUCAGUUUGAGAGUUGUCCUUUUGUCACAUGAGAACUCUAUUUUGCUGCUGUUGCUUUUGAUAACCAGCAUACUUGUAGGCUACUUGUACAAUGUCAGACAUCAAAUUGCAUAUUUAUUGUUCCCACCUGUGAAACUGAGAUGCUCUUAGUAAUCUCUGAUUACAGCAAUCUCCAAGCGUGUGGUUUUGGAUAGAGGGGGGCAUGUCUAAUUAGACAGCUAGGUCUUAUGGAAGUUCCAAAACGGUUAAUAUCACUUACAGCACCUUUAAGGCCAAAUUAACCUCAGGAAACACUUUCUAAAAUUGAGGAAACAUUCUAAGCAUUUUUCCAGCUAUUGUCCCAAUAGAGCUGUUCAGCCAUGAUGUUUAUUUGUUGGCGAACCCGGAAAGGCUAAUUCGCCAUGUGUUCCCUCUGGAAUUUCCUAUGGGUUUUUAUAAUGUCAGUUUUGGAUUUAUGGGUGAAAUAAGGUCUGUGGUAAACAUUACUUGAAGAUACUGGACUUUUGUUCUAUAACAUAAACAGGGUUGGGAGGGUUACUUUUUAAAUAUAUUCCACUACAGAUUACAGAAUACAUGCUGUAAAAUGUAAUUUGUAAUGUAUUCCGUUAGAUUACUCAAGGCAGUAACGUAUUCUAAAUACUUUGGAUUACUUUAUUUUUUCACUUGUUUUGACAAUAAAAACUCUGCCAGUACAGUAAGACAAAAUACAUAUUAAAAAUACAUUCUCUGAAAAUCCUAAAUAUCUUAUGCAGUGUUGUUUCUAAAACAAGAAAAAUCUAAUUGAUCUUGUUUUAAGGAUUUUUAGAUAUUUUUACAGGAAAACAAUACAAAAAUUAUUAUCAAGAAUAUGAUUUUUGCCGUAAUAUCAAAGGUCUUACUAGAAAAAAAGAAAUUAUGAUCCAUUGUGAAUUUUCUUGAUAAAAAAAAUAUGAUCUUGCCUGGUAACGUGCAUGUAAAAUGGCUAGAAAUAGCAUUUUAUCUUAGUGUAAAGCUGACAAUUUACACAAGGUUUAUUUCUGUUUCUUCUUCUCCAAACUUCAAAUUUAAUUCUCUGUCUGCUCGUAUGAAUGUAUCACAUCAUAAGAAUGUGCUUCACCGCUGUUCAAAUGCACUUUGGAUCGCAUCCUUUAUAUGUAUAAAUGUUUUCCAUCUGAAAGGACUAAAUAUUAAAUGAAACAAAUGACAAUAAAAUGUAAAGUAAUCUCUUCAGUAAUUAAAAUACUUUUUGAAUGUAACUGUAUUCUAAUUACCAAUGAUUUAAAUUGUAACUGUAAUGGAAUACAGUUACUUAUAUUUUGUAUUUUAAAUACGUAAUCCCCUUACAUGUAUUCCGUUACUCCCCAACCCUGACAUAAAUUACAUAGUCAUACCCCAAACGUGAAUUUUUUAAGCCACUGUGUUUGUUGUAUGUAUGCUGCUAACAAUUUGCUAAGUAAGGAUUACAACUACCACAGGCAUGUAAGUGUACGUGCCUGUUGACACAACAAUACUAAUUCUCUUCCGUAUAUUUGGACUACAA